GUCCAUUCUUGAAUUUUGGCUUUGCAUUUCGGUCCUUUCUUUUUCAUUCUUCCACCUGGGCCUUGUCAUGGAGGAUCCGAACCCCAAGUCCGAAUCCGCACCCGAAGCGACGCCGUCAACCCCACAGGAAAACCAAGAAGCCGCCGCUGCCGGCGCCGGCGCCGGAAACAUACUCUCGAACGCGCCCCUCUUGGAUUGUUUGAAACGUGUCGCCCUUGACCUCAGACUAGCCGUUACCGUCGGUGCCGUACACAGAGACAUACGCUGGGAGCUCCUCACCAUGCCUCACGCGUCCCUCUCCGAGUGUUUCAAACGCGCCGCCCAUGAGCUCAAACUAACCAUAGUGCUGCAAACGUAUGGGUUUUCAGGGGAACUUGAGGUUAAGGACUACACUCUCAAGCAUGGCCUUCUCGGCACCGCAUUUCUGCUCUUCAAGUCUUACCAGGUCACCGGCAACACAAACGAGCUCGUUCUCUGCUCCCAGAUUGUGAAAGCUUGCGAUAAUGCUUCUCUUCGUUCUAGGAAUAUCACUUUUCUUUCUGGGCGUGCUGGUGUUUGCGCCCUUGGGGCUGUUGCUGCACACUACUGUGGUAACAGCCAGUUAUCGGGGUACUACUUGACCCAGUUACUAAAGAUUGAGCUGCCAGAAGAUCUUCAUGACGAGUUGACAUACGGGAGGGCUGGUUUUCUAUGGGCUUGUUUGUUCUUAAACAAACACCUUGGUCAGGAUACAGUUCCUUACCAAUAUACUGCCCCGUUUGUAGAUGAAAUUAUAAAAUAUGGAAGGGCAUUGGGUAGCAAGGAGGAAUGCCCUUUGAUGUUUGAACUGUUCGGAGAGGAGCUCUGGGGUGCUGCGCAGGGAUCGGCUGGGAUUAUGCAUGUUCUUAUGGAUAUGAAGUUGAAGCCAGAUGAGCUUGAGGAUGUUAAGGGAACUCUUAAAUACAUGAUACAUAACCACCUUCCCAGUGGAAACUAUUCUGUAAGCGAAGUAGAUAGGAAUGAUGGGUUAUUGAACUGGUGUGAUGGAGCUCCUGGAAUAGCCAUCACACUUGUCAAAGCAGCUAAGGUUUUUAAAGAUAAAGAAUUCUUGGGUGCAGCUAUGGAAUUAGGAGAGAGGAUUUGGAAGCGAGGUUGGCCUAAGCAUGUUGGGAUUUGCCAUGGUAUUAGCGGGAAUGCUUAUGUGUUCUUGUCACUUUACCAACUUACCGGGGACUUGAAGUAUUUAUACGGGGCUAAAGCUUUUGCUUGCUUGGCACUUGAUAGAGCUCUUGUGCUGAUAACUCAAGGUGAUCGACCAUAUUCGUUGUUUGAAGGUAUAGGAGGCUUGGCUUAUCUCUUAUUGGACAUGGUUGAUCUUUCCCAGUCUAAAUUUCCAGCCUAUGAACUCUGAGAAUCUACAUAAUGUGUAAAGUAGAACUUAUGUACAGUAUCUUACAUACAUUACCAAGGGAAAUCGAGUGUAAAAAAAUGGAAGAGCCUUAGCUUAGUUACAGCAUUUCUUGUAAAUAUUGCAGGACUGUGUAUAUGGCCAAAAUCCUGUGUCCUGAAGCAUUAAUCGUGUAUAUACGCUGUUGUGAGUUUGCCAAAAUCUGAACCAGACAUGGAUUGAGUACAUACUUUAUAUAAGUUCUACUGUUCUAGUAUGCAAGAACUAUGCUUAAACAUUUGUGUUAAUUU